AUGGAGACAUGCAGUACCUGUGCGACGAUAUUAUCACCCGACGGCGGCAAGUACACCUCUGAGAAGCCGCCGCCGGAUCAGCGCCGGGUGCCUUGCUGUGGUAGGAUUAUAUGUGGUGACUGCAUCGUGAAUAACGGACGCUUCGCAACCUACUGCCCCUACUGCCAAAUAUCCAGCGAACCCAACCCGUUGCCGCAAGGCCUCAAAGCGCCCCCAGCAUACUACCAAGCACCCUCCCGUAUCAACGCCGCCCAACGUCCGCCACCACCACCGUUAUCAUCGCCACCGCCAUACAUGGCCUGCUGCAACUCUGCCGCCGCCGUCGAGGAUGAAAAGUCCGGCGCCGACGACACCCUGCACUUCCUCAACCACGAGCACGACAGCAUCCCCUCGCUCUCCCUACGCUACGGCGUGCCGCAGGACGCCCUGCGCCGCGCCAACCACAUACACAGCGACCACCUGCUCGUCGCCCGCCGCACCGUGCUCAUCCCGGGCGCCUUCUACCGCGCCGGCGUCAGCCUCUCCCCGCGGCCCGUCGAGGGCGAGGCCGAGGAGCUGCGCCGCGCCAAGAUCCGCCGCCUCAUGACCGCCUGCAAGCUCGCCGACUAUGAGGUCGCCCGCCUCUACCUCGAGCAGGCCGGCUGGGACCUCGAGCGCGCCGUCGACGACUACUUUGGCGACGAGGCCUGGGAGCGCGCGCAGCGGCGCGACGAGAGCAAGGCGAGGACGGGCAUCAUGCAGAGGUUCUUCGGCUCCAGAAGAUAG